AUGAGACCUAACAUUGUCACUGAGGCAGGGCUUCAAACGAGAGUGGGCCAAUGGUGGGAAAGCAUUCCAUUCCUUACUUCUGCAGUGGUGAUUGUUUGUAGCAUUAUAUACUUGGUCUGCCUCUUGAUUGGAUAUGACUCGUUUUACGAAAUAUGUUUCUUGCCAGCUGCUGUUAUUUCCCGAUUUCAAGUUUUCAGGAUUUAUACAUCAAUUGUUUUUCAUGGUUCGCUCCUUCAUGUUCUGUUCAACAUGUUGGCUCUUGUACCUCUGGGUUCUGAAUUGGAGAGAAUUAUGGGAUCUAUCCGCUUGGCAUUCCUGAUAAUUUUGUUGGCUACCGCCAAUGCAAUAUUUCAUCUCCUUAUCGCAUUAUUGGUAGCCCACAAUCCAUUUCACCCAUCUCAGUAUCUCAUGGAUGAGUGUGCAAUAGGCUUCUCAGGAAUUUUAUUUUCUAUGAUCGUCAUAGAAACAAGCUUGAGUGGAGUUCAGUCGAGGAGUGUGUUUGGUCUCUUCAACGUUCCUGCUAAGUGGUAUGCAUUUAUCUUACUGGUAGCAUUCCAGCUUCUUAUGACGAAUGUGUCUUUACUGGGACACCUAUGUGGCAUUUUGUCUGGAUUUGCAUAUACCUAUGGGUUAUUCAACUUUAUUAUACCCGGAGCAUCCUCCUUUUCUGCCAUUGAGGCCUCCUCUUGGUUUUCCUCGUGUGUGAGGAGACCUAAAUUUAUUUUGUGCACCGGUGGGAGUCCUACAAGCUACAUCCCGACAUAUUCAGGCCAAAACACUAGCUCCAGUGGACUAUUAUCUGGAAAUAUGUGGAGAAAUUUAUCUUCGUGGAUGCCACAGAGGGAAACAUCUGCUCAGGCUGAGCAAGACAAUAGGUUUCCUGGGAGGGGAAGGACUCUUGCUUCUGGCCAAAGUGAAACAGUGCCUGCUGUGAAUUCAGAUCUAAACCUGCAGGCUAGACUCUUGGAUAACAGCAACCCAGACCAUUCAUCACAUUUGGGGGUAACUGCUACAAGAGAGCCACUAUUAGAUGGAAGGAUGUCAGUGGUAGAUAAUGCUGUUGGAGCAACUCCAGGAUGCCCUGUACGCCUUCAGGACUCAGCUCCUUCAGAGGAGCAAAUCCAAAAACUAGUAUCUAUGGGUUUUGACAAGACACAGGUAGAAGUUGCAAUUUCAGCUGCUGAUGGAGAUCUCAACGUAGCUGUUGAAAUUCUGAUGAGCCAGCAGGUAUGGGAAAUUUGUGAAGCGAUCACAUCCAUUGAUUCUUCAAAGAAAGACCCCCAUAGUCGGCCUAAUACCACUGCUCCUUCAACACGUGUGAUGUCAUGA